AUGCAGACCUUCUAUUACCCCAUGCGCCCGACCCCGAGCCUCUACCUGGACCCCAGGCUUUCCCAGCGCCGGGCGCUGGAGGAUCAGGUGGAGCUGUGGUGGUUCAGUGAGCCCCGACACUCCCUUUUCUGCUACUGCGCCUCGGUGGCCCUCAUAGUGGGACUGGGCCUCGGCGGCGUGGGCCUCCUGUCCACCACCAGCAGCUUGUCCGGGGAAUGGCGCCUGGGCGUGGGCACCACCCUUUGCCUUCUGGCCCUCGCCGUUCUGCUCAAGCAGCUCCUCAGCUCGGCCAUCCAGGACAUGAACUGCGUGCGCAGCCGCCGUCGGAUCGAGCAGCUGAAGAGCGGCGGGAGGGCCGACCCGGCUCUGAUUCUGAGCGUGGGGCUGGCGGUGGUCCUGUGCGGGGCCGCGCUGCUCGGCGUGGCCCUGAUGGGCGGCCGGGGUCACGACGGCGGGGAGAUGCUGGUGUCCGGCGGCGCGCUGGUGGCGGCCGGCGCCGGGAUGUCCCUGGCCGUGGCGGGCUACGGCCUGCUGGCCCACCUCCGGAAAAGGAGGGAGCAGAUGAGGAGGAGGAGGAGGAUGAGACUGAACAGGGCACGGAGGCUGGGGAGCCGAGCCGUCCGGGUGCUCGGGGCUUCGGCCGGACAGAUGAGUCAGGCACGGAGAGAGACAUCUACCAGCAGGACUAGUCUGAUCUAA